AUGAGUGAUAGAAGAGCAAAAGGGUUAUGUUAUUUUUGUGAUGAACCCUUUACGCCUGAGCAUGGUUUGAGUCAUAAAACACUACAGUUGCAUGUGAUGGAAGUGGAUGAGUUACAGGAGGGUGCAGAGGAAGAAGUGUCGCUUGAAAACUCAACGGGGUCCAGCUCUAUAGAUCCUCAAAUUUUUGUCCAUGCCCUCAUGGGAAUUGCCAAUUUCCACACCAUGCGUGUGACAGGCUACCACCAAAAGAAGCCUCUCCAUGUGUUGAUUGACAAUGGGAGUACCCAUAAUUUUCUGGACAUUGAGGUGGCCAAGAGAUUGGGUUGCAAAAGUAAUGCUUUUGAUUCCUUGAGUAUGGUGGUUGCUGAUGGUACACAGUUAAACGUGUUUGUUGUCGUUAGAGGAUUCCAAUGGGGAAUUCAGCAAACCAAAUUCACUUCUGAUAUGUUACUCAUUCCAUUGGGAUGCUGUGAUUUGGUCUUGGGAGUGGAGUGGCUGGUUUUCUUGGGUGAUAUUGUAUGGAAUUUUAAUAAGUUGCAGAUGGAGUUCUAUGUUAAGGGAAGGAGACAUGUGUUAAGAGGGGCCUCUACUGGAUUAAAAACAGUUAAGAGGCAACAAUUGGGGAAGGCUAUGUCAACUGGUGUUCAUUUGUCAAUUUUGCAAGUAUGUGAUGGACAAAGGGGUUUUUUGAACUCAUUUACAACUCAAGCUGUUGAUAAAGAAGUCCCUCCUACUCUUGCCAAGUUAUUGGAUGAGUUCUCUUAUUUAUUUCAAGAACCUAGUGGGUUACCUCCUCGCAGACCUGGUCAUGACCAUCGAAUUCCACUAGUUCAAGGUGUUGGUCCUAUCAGUUCUAGCAUUUUCUCCAAAAUCGAUUUGCGGUCAAGAUAUAAUCAAGUGAGAAUGGAUCCUGCUGAUGUGUAUAAGACUGCUUUUAAGACUCAUGCUGGGCAUUUUGAAUACUUAGUGAUGCCCUUUGGUCUCACUAAUGCACCUGCAACAUUUGAAGGGCUUAUGAACUUAGUUUUUAAGGAGUUUUUGAGGAAGUUUAUGCUAGUGUUCUUUGAUGACAUUUUGGUUUAUAGAUGUUCAUUGGAAGACCAUUUGCUGCAUUUACACAAAGUUUUGGCAACUAUGAGGGCGAAUUCCUUGUUUGCUAAGAGGACGAAACUGGCUUUUCAGCAAUUGAAGAAGAAGCUUACUGAGACUCCAGUUUUGGCUUUACCCGACUGUUCAAAAACCUUUGUGGUAGAGGUGGAUGCUUCAGGUUUGGGAAUUGGAGCAGUCUUGAUGCAAGAUCACCACUCUAUAGCUUACAUAAGUAGACAUUUGAAUCACCAACAAUAG